AUGGGGUUUACUAACCUCUCUACUGAUACUGGCGUUACUGUGCUUGAUAACUGGUUGUUGACUCGUUCUUAUAUCACCGGCCUUGCUCCCACACAAGCCGAUGUUAUCUGUUUCAAGGCUCUCAAGAGUUCUCCCGAUAUUGUCAGGUACCCUCAAGCCGCUCGAUGGUACACACACAUUGCCACCUUUGAAGACGAAUUCUCUACUCUUAUUGGAGAUGCUACCAAACCCUAUACUGCCUAUGGCCCAGAAGUCGCAGAGAUCAAUAUGGACCACUCUAUGGUCCUUGCCCCUGAUGAGGAUAAUGAUGACGUCGAUUUCUUCGGCAGUGACGAUGAGGAGGAGAAUGAAGAGGCGGUUCGUAUCCGCGAGGAACGUCUCGCCGAGUACCGCAAGAGGAAAGAGGGAAAAGUCAAGCCCGCAGCCAAGUCUCUUGUUACUCUGGACGUGAAGCCCUGGGAUGACGAGACCAACAUGGUUGCCCUCGAGACGGCCGUUCGUGGUAUUAAGAAGGAUGGUUUGGUAUGGGGUCAAUCUAAGCUAGUCGCUAUUGGUUUCGGUAUCAAGAAGCUGCAGAUCAAUUUAGUUGUUGAAGAUGACAAGGUGUCUACUGAUGAACUUCAGGAGCAAAUUCAGGAUUUCGAGGAGUAUGUUCAGUCUUCUGAUGUUCUCGCUAUGCAGAAGUUGUAG